CAAUAGAAAACAGAAAGAUUAUUAAAUUCUUGGAUGGGGAUAUUACCUGCAAUUAUCUUAGGAAUGGUUUACAAAUUGCUAAAAAAAAAUCAUAGUUAGCAGAUGAUCUACCUUUGUUAAAAUCCUGGGUUAGUUGAGACUUUUUAAAGUGUAAUAACAGUGUGGGCCAGAAAAGCCUGUGGAUUUUCUAAGCAAAACUCAAAACCAAACUGAAUGGAAUUUUAUUUGAGAGGCAGGUCAGGGCAGCUGUACAGCAAUUGCACACAGGUUGCAGGAGUCAGGGGAAACUGUGGUAGCCAUGUAGGAGCCACACACACACACAAGGCUAGGGACAAGUAACUGGACUGCUGGAGCCACAGGAAACUGCAGGGAGCUGGAAAAAGCUGUAUGUGUGCCCCAUGGGGGUGGGAACAAGGAUGGGCAAGGCAGGAGAGAAAGCUAAGCUGGGGCAGAUGGGAGCUCUGAGCACUACUGCUUUUCCUUAACCUAGGUGGCUAGGUUUGGAUUUCAAUUCCUAGAAGUGGAAUUCCAAUCCCAGCUCUGGCCUGGGCUGGUGACUUUAAAAGGCCUCAGGCAUACUGCUUUUUCAUAAAUUCAUGCCACAAAAGUUGGGCACCAAAAUGAAGCAUGAUUAGUAAAAACUUAGAGGGAGAAAUUGGGGUUCAACCUGAAGGUCAGAAAAGUAAAACAGCCAUCCACUGACUCUUCUACCUACUUUUGCCUCCAGGAAUCUCAGAAUGAGACUGAGACUGAGAGCUGUCUCCUCCUGUUUUACAAUCCUCUCUAGGGCUGGGAUCAAAGGCAUGAACUUCUCGGUUUCUAUGGCAACUAGUGUGGUUACUGGGAUUAAAGGUCCUGGGAGGAAUGGAGAGGGGUCCUAUUGACUACCUUCUCUGAAAGUGGUCAGAGAGUUCUUAAACAGGUGCCCAAAGAAGUCAGAAGAGGGCUUCAGAUCCCCUGGAACUACAGUUGUGGAUGACUGCAAGCCACCAUAAUUCUAAUUUGGCUGCUACUUUGAAAUACAAGCCCAAAAGAUGCCACCUUGUUUGGACUUAGAGGAUGACCUGGAUAAGUGAUAAACAUUAAGACAUUUUGGUUUUCUUAUUCACUUUGCAUAUACUUCUGGAAUAAUACACCAUGGUUUUGGAUGACCUUCCAAACUUCGAAGACAUCUAUACUUCCCUGUGUUCAUCAACAAUGGAAGAUUCAGAGGUGGAUUUUGACUCUGGACUAGAAGAUGAUGACACAAAAAGUGAUAAUAUUUUGGAGGAUUCCACAAUUUUUGUAGCCUUCAAAGGAAAUAUAGAUGAUAAAGACUUCAAAUGGAAACUGGAUGCAAUAUUAAAGAAUGUGCCCAACUUGUUACACAUGGAAUCCAGCAAGCUAAAGGUACAAAAAGUGGAGCCUUGGAACAGCGUACGUGUCACAUUCAACAUCCCCCGGGAAGCAGCGGAACGGUUACGGAUCCUGGCUCAGAGCAACAACCAGCAGCUUCGGGAUCUGGGGAUUCUCUCCGUUCAGAUUGAAGGGGAAGGUGCUAUCAACCUGGCUUUGGGUCAGAACCGAAGCCAGGAUGUGAGAAUGAAUGGACCCAUGGCAUCCGGAAACUCGGUUAGGAUGGAGGCAGGAUUUCCCAUGGCAAGUGGUCCAGGAUUAAUAAGGAUGACAAGCCCUGCCACUGUUAUGAUGCCCCAGGGUGGGAACAUGUCAUCUUCCAUGAUGGCACCAGGCCCCAGUCCAGAACUGCAGCCCAGGACUCCUCGCCCUGCUUCUCAUUCAGAUGCAAUGGAUCCACUUCUCUCUGGACUCCAUAUACAACAGCAGAGUCAUCCCUCAGGAUCUUUACCUCCAGCACAUCACCCAAUGCAGCCUGUUCCUGUGAACAGACAAAUGAACCCAGCUAAUUUUCCCCAGCUGCAGCAACAGCAGCAGCAACAACAACAACAGCAACAGCAGCAGCAGCAGCAACAGCAGCAGCAACAGUUGCAGACAAGACCUCCUCAGCAACAUCAGCAGCAACAGCCACAGGGGAUUCGUCCACAGUUUACUGCUCCAACUCAGGUGCCUGUUCCUCCAGGCUGGAACCAGCUGCCUUCAGGAGCCCUACAGCCUCCGCCAGCCCAGGGCUCUCUGGGCACAAUGACUGCAAACCAAGGGUGGAAGAAGGCUCCCUUGCCUAGCCCAAUGCAACAACAGCUUCAGGCAAGACCUUCCUUAGCCACGGUACAGACACCUUCUCACCCUCCCCCUCCUUAUCCCUUUGGCAGCCAGCAAGCCUCACAAGCCCAUACAAACUUUCCUCAAAUGAGCAACCCAGGCCAGUUCACAGCUCCUCAGAUGAAGAGCUUGCAGGGAGGGCCCUCCAGGGUCCCAACCCCCCUGCAACAACCCCACCUCACCAACAAGUCUCCUGCCUCCUCACCCUCCUCCUUCCAGCAGGGAUCCCCUGCAUCCUCCCCAACGGUUAACCAAACUCAGCAGCAGAUGGGACCAAGGCCACCUCAAAAUAACCCACUUCCCCAGGGAUUUCAGCAGCCUGUCAGCUCUCCAGGCCGGAAUCCUAUGGUUCAACAGGGAAAUGUGCCACCUAACUUCAUGGUGAUGCAGCAGCAGCCACCAAACCAGGGGCCACAGAGUUUACACCCAGGCCUAGGAGGAAUGCCUAAACGCCUCCCACCUGGCUUCUCAGCAGGACAGGCCAAUCCGAACUUUAUGCAAGGUCAGGUGCCUUCCACCACAGCAACCACCCCUGGGAAUUCAGGAGCCCUUCAACUGCAAGCAAAUCAAAAUGUCCAGCAUGCAGGUGGUCAAGGAACUGGUCCUCCUCAAAACCAGAUGCAGGUGUCUCAUGGGCCACCAAAUAUGAUGCAACCCAGCCUCAUGGGAAUUCAUGGCAACAUAAACAACCAGCCUGCUGGUAGCUCUGGGGUUCCUCAGGUGACCCUGGGCAACAUGCAAGGCCAGCCUCAGCAGGGCCCACCAUCUCAGCUGAUGGGCAUGCACCAACAGAUUGUACCCUCUCAGGGCCAAAUGGUCCAACAACAAGGAACUUUGAACCCUCAAAACCCUAUGAUCCUUUCAAGGGCCCAGCUUAUGCCACAGGGCCAGAUGAUGGUGAACCCUCAGAACCAGAAUCUUGGGCCUUCACCCCAAAGGAUGACCCCACCCAAGCAGAUGCUUCCCCAGCAGGGCCAACAAAUGAUGGCACCACAUAACCAGAUGAUGGGGCCUCAGGGGCAAGUUUUGCUCCAGCAGAACCCAAUGAUAGAACAAAUAAUGACCAAUCAGAUGCAGGGGAAUAAGCAGCAAUUUAACACUCAGAACCAAUCCAAUGUCAUGCCGGGACCAGCACAGAUAAUGAGGGGACCAACUCCGAACAUGCAAGGAAACAUGGUGCAAUUUACAGGACAGAUGUCAGGACAGAUGCUGCCUCAGCAAGGGCCUGUAAACAAUAGUCCACCUCAAGUUAUGGGAAUUCAGGGGCAGGUUCUGCGGCCACCAGGGCCCAGCCCACACAUGGCCCAGCAGCAUGGCGAUCCUGCUACUACAGCAAAUAAUGAUGUCAACUUGUCUCAGAUGAUGCCUGAUGUUAGCAUGCAACAAACCAACAUGGUCCCCCAACAUGUGCAGACCAUGCAGGGAAACAGUGCUUCGGGAAACCACUUCUCAGGCCAUGGAAUGUCUUUCAAUGCACCAUUCAGUGGUGCACCCAAUGGAAAUCAGAUGUCUUGUGGUCAAAAUCCAGGCUUCCCAGUCAAUAAGGAUGUAACAUUAACAAGCCCAUUGUUGGUCAACUUAUUGCAAAGUGACAUUUCUGCAGGCCAUUUUGGUGUAAACAAUAAACAAAAUAAUACCAAUGCAAAUAAACCGAAGAAGAAGAAACCGCCUCGGAAGAAGAAAACUUGUCAACAAGAUCUAAACACCCCAGAUAAUCGUCCAGUUGGUCUAGAGGAGGCUGAUCAACAGUCAUUACCUGGAGAACAAGGAAUCAGCUUGGACAACACAGGCCCUAAACUGCCAGAAUUUUCAAACCGGCCACCAGGUUAUCCUACUCAACCAGUUGAACAGAGGCCAAUGCAACAGAUGCCUCCUCAACUCAUGCAACAUGUGGCACCCCCACCACAGCCACCACAGCAGCAGCCACAACCACAACUGCCUCAGCAGCAGCAGCAGCAGCCACCACCACCUAGUCAGCCACAGUCUCAGCAGCAGCAGCAGCAGCAACAACAACAAAUGAUGAUGAUGCUCAUGAUGCAGCAAGAUCCUAAAUCCAUUAGGCUUCCAGUCUCCCAAAAUGUCCAUCCUCCACGGGGUCCUCUGAACCCAGACUCUCAGAGAAUGCCCAUGCAGCCAAGUGGCAAUGUACCUGUCAUGGUUAGUUUGCAAGGACCUGCCUCUGUGCCACCAUCACCUGAUAAACAAAGAAUGCCAAUGUCUGUGAAUACUCCAUUGGGAAAUAAUUCAAGGAAAAUGGUAUACCAGGAGAACCCACAGAAUUCCUCUAGCUCACCACUAGGAGAGAUGUCCUCACUUCCUGAAGCUAGUAGCAGUGAAGUACCGUCUGUUUCAGGAGGCCCAAAUAACAUGCCCUCACAUUUAGUAGUUUCUCAGAAUCAGUUAAUGAUGGCAGGGCCCAAAUCGGGACCAUCUCCCCUUUCAGCAACUCAAGGUGCAACUCCCCAACAACCUCCUGUAAAUUCCUUACCUAGCUCCCAUGGCCACCACUUUCCAAAUGUUGCUGCUCCAACCCAGACAUCUAGGCCUAAAACUCCAAACAGAGCCAGCCCCAGACCCUAUUAUCCUCAAACACCCAACAACCGCCCUCCUAGUACAGAACCUUCAGAAAUUAGUCUGUCACCAGAAAGACUGAAUGCCUCCAUAGCAGGACUCUUUCCUCCACAGAUUAAUAUUCCUUUACCUCCCAGGCCAAAUUUAAAUAGGGGCUUUGAUCAACAGGGCUUGAAUCCAACAACUCUGAAGGCCAUCGGGCAAGCACCUUCAAAUCUUACUAUAAAUAAUCCUCCUAACUUUGCUGCCCCACAAGCUCAUAAAUUAGAUUCUGUAGUGGUGAAUUCUGGAAAACAGUCUAAUCCUGGAACAACAAAACGGGCAAGUCCAAGCAACAGUCGCAGGUCUAGUCCUGGAUCCAGUAGGAAAACUACCCCAAGUCCCGGGAGGCAAAACUCAAAAGCCCCUAAACUUACUCUGGCUUCUCAACCAAGCACAACCCUGAUGCAGAACGUGGAGCUGCCUAGGAAUGUGUUGGUCAGUCCAAAUCCAAUUGCCAAUCCCCCUUUAUCCGGAAACUUUCCUAACAAUAGCGGGCUUAAUCCCCAGACUCCCACCGUACCUGUGCCUGCAGUGGGGACUGUUCUUGAGGAUAACAAAGAGAGUUUGAACGUUCCUCAGGACAGUGAUUGCCAGAAUUCCCAGGGUAGGAAGGAGCAGGUAAACGUUGAGGUGAAAGCAGUCUCUACUCAAGAAGCUAAAAUGGUUGUCCCUGAAGAUCAAUCCAAAAAGGAUGGGCAACCUUUGGAUUCUAACAAACUCCCCAGUGUUGAAGAGAACAAAAAUUUGAUAUCUCCUGCCAUGAGAGAAGCACCAACAUCAUUAAGCCAACUUCUUGACAACUCUGGAGCUCCUAAUGUGACCAUUAAACCCCCUGGGCUUACAGAUCUGGAAGUAGCACCUCCAGUUGUUUCAGGAGAGGACCUCAAAAAAGCAUCUGUCAUUCCCACACUGCAGGAUCCGUCUUCUAAAGAACCCUCUAAUUCCUUAAACUUACCUCACAGUAAUGAGCCGUGUUCAACCCUUGCGCAUCCAGAAUUGAGUGAGGUGAGCUCUAAUGUUGCACCAAGCAUCCCUCCAGUAAUGUCAAGACCUGUCAGCUCUUCCUCCAUUUCUACUCCUUUGCCCCCAAACCAAAUAACUGUAUUUGUUACCUCCAAUCCCAUAACCACUUCAUCUAACACAUCAGCAGCCCUGCCAACAAACUUACAUUCUGCAUUGAUGUCGACAGUUGUCACAAUGCCCAAUGUGGGUAACAAAGUUAUGGUUUCUGAGGGACAGUCCGCUGCUCAAUCUAAUGCCCGGCCUCAGUUCAUUACACCUGUCUUUAUCAAUUCAUCUUCAAUAAUUCAGGUUAUGAAAGGAUCACAGCCAAGCACAAUUCCUGCAACCCCAUUGACAACCAACAGUGGCCUGAUGCCUCCCUCUGUCGCAGUUGUUGGACCUUUACACAUACCUCAGAACAUAAAAUUUUCUUCAGCUCCUGUAGCACCUACUGUUCCCUCCAGUAGUCCUGCUCCAAACAUACAGACAGGCCGGCCGUUGGUCCUUAGCUCGCGAGCCGCUCCUGUUCAGCUGCCUUCCCCUCCCUGUACAUCUUCUCCAGCUGUCGCUCCUAAUCCUCCUGUCCAGCAAGUGAAAGAAUUCAAUCCAGAUGAGGCUAGUCCUCAGAUGAACACCUCAGCAGAUCAGAGCACUCUGCUCUCUCCACAGCCAACCACAGUAGUUUCUCCCCUUGUGACCAAUAGUCCAGGUUCCUCUGCCAAUCGGCGAAGCCCAGUCUCAUCCAGUAAGGGCAAAGGAAAAGUGGACAAAAUUGGCCAGAUUUUGCUGACCAAGGCUUGUAAGAAAGUUACAGGCUCUCUGGAAAAAGGGGAAGAACAGUGUGGUGCAGAUGGAGACACUGAAGGCCCAGGGCUAGAGACCACAACUCCUGGGCUAAUGGGAACAGAACAGUGCUCCACAGAGCUGGACAGUAAAACCCCAACACCUUCAGCACCCACGCUACUAAAAAUGACCUCUAGCCCCAUGGGCCCAACCUCCACUUCAACAGGACCCAUCUUACCUGGCGGUGCUCUCCCCACCAGUGUACGCUCAAUAGUAACCACACUGGUACCCUCUGAGCUCAUCUCCACAACGCCAACCACAAAAGGCAAUCAUGGUGGCAUAGCAUCUGAGCCACUUGCAGGUGGCCUAGUGGAGGAGAAGGUGGGAUCUCAUCCAGAGCUUCUACCCAGCAUAGCCCCCUCACCGACUUUAGUCCCAAAGGAGCCUCCAGCCACAGCACUGCAAGGGCCUAUUGCCAGACCAGAACUUGAGGCAAAUGCUGCCAUAGUCUCUGGACAAAGCAGUGAGCCAAAAGAGGUAGUUGAGAAGUCUAAAACCCCGAGCCGAAGAAACUCUCGAACUGAGGAGCCGACUGUGGCUUCUGAGAGCGUAGAAAAUGGACAUCGAAAACGAUCCUCUCGGCCUGCUUCAGCCUCCAGCUCUACAAAAGAUAUAACUGGUGCAGUGCAAUCCAAGCGAAGAAAAUCCAAGUAAGCAAGCUGGAAGAUGACUUGAUACUUGUAAAUGUGUGUGAAUUUUACAAAGAGCAAUUUUCAGCUGUGACUUUUUAAAUCUUUCUGUACAGUUAGUCAUUUUAAUAACUCGAUCCUUUUCCUAGUCCCUGAAACCUGUCUCAUAAAGUGUAACGGGGAGCAGCCCUUUUGGUGUUGCGAAAUGAAGUUCAAGGCUUCUAAAAUGUUGCCAUGUAUUGAAAGAAGCUAAUGCCAUUAUAAAUGUUAUUAGUUUCACAUUUCUUAAGCAGCCUAGAGUACAGGGUGAACAUUUGUAGAUCUUCUAAUGAUGUAUUGUGCUGUGGAAGUACUGUGUGUGAAUAGCAGUAGUGGGGCAAAAAGCAAUCUUGUCAUUUGGAAAUGUUGUAAAUAAUUUUAUUAUAUAGUGUUUUGGAUGUAUUUGUUGUAGAAAUGGACCAGUGAAUAAAGAGAAUCUAAGGGUUUGUACAAUGUGAAAUAUUGAACGUGUUAAAUAAAUGUCUUUGUC